UUGCCCACUUUGUUCCAGUCCUUCGUCAGACUCUGACCCAAACGGAUGUACAGUGAGAGAAAGCAAGACGUGUCAUAGGAUUCUAGUUUACUGGGGAAAGUGCGAAGCAGAAAUGCUCAUCAGCUUUUCAUAUCCUGCACCCCUUCCAGUUGUUUAUCGCGUUAGAAUCGUACAAUUAAGGGAAAUGUCAACAGGGUAGAACUAGAAACCGAUAUCCAAAACUUUGUUCAAUAAGUGACUCGACAACAUUCACGUAUUUAAAUUCAUAGCAGCUAUUAAUGUAUUGCUGUCCACAAAAAUAUUACGUUCAAUCCAAAUAUAUUACUAAAUAAAUUUACUGUGUACAUUAUCUAGUACUAAAAAUCAAAUAAAUAUUUGUUUCAUUUGCCUACUUUCUUAUAAUCUAUGUACUACUACAUAUGUCUGCUAAAAAAGAAAACUAGAUACAACUAUUGACAUUAAAUUUGUGUGCUUGUACGAAAAUAUAAUGACGGACGUUCGUGAUGGAAAUGCGAUUGUCCCAAACAAGACCAGAGUCAUCAUUAUAUACCCAACUGUGAGUCCCGAGGUGGUGAUCGUGCCUAUUGUCUCAAGCAUAUUGGUCUUUCCAAUCGUGGCUUUCAUCAUCAUUUGCUGUCUUCGCAGAAGAGCUGCUCGUGCCCGACAGAAAGCUAGGAUGGCAAAACGUGAGGACCCCUACUUAUCAGAGCGGAGUUGCGCGUCAGUCGUAAGAAAUUCACCACCUAUCAGUUGGGCAAACACACAUGGCCGGAACCAUAGACAAAAUCACAACAAUCCCAUGAUCCAAAUAGAGUCAGAGAUAACCACGACGGUGGAGAUCGUGAUCACGCCGGAUGUGGAUUUGGAGGACAGUUAACAUACGGCUGCAAACGACAGCAAUGUGUAACACAAAGUAACGAAAUUCCUUGAGGAGUAGAAUUUGUCCUACGUGCAAUGUACAUACUGAUACAUCCUCAUCCCCGUUCACGAACGGAAAUUGUGAUUUCACUUAGCAUUUCUUCUCACUAGGAUGUGGCCAAACUUUUGCCACUCACGUUCCAAAUGCCGAACUGUAUUUUCACUUUAGCUUUUCUGUAUGUAGCUUAUGGGGUUCAUUUUGUGAGGGUGGGUUUGAUUUGAUAAUUAGUGUCACCAUUUGUGGAUAAUAUUUUAAUCCUGAUUCCUGAUGAAAAAUUCGCAUACACACAUCCGUGUGAAUAAUGCGAAUCUUGGUAUCUUGAGGAGACUAUUGUUACAUACUGAUUAUGACAAAUACACACAGUACAUAUAUGUAUACAUACUCUUUUGAAUGUCAUAGUUUUAAGUACCUAUCCCUCAAGUUGUAAUUAGUGGUAAAUGCCUAUAAUUCCGAUAUUUACCUAAGUAUAUGUUGGUUGGUUUAAUGAAAAGUUUACUCCCAUAUUUGAUACAUAUGUGCAUAUAUGUAAGCCCAGUUAAUGUAUAUCUAUAUUGAAAACAAAAAGACAAAAUAUACUCAUGUAAUACGUUAUAUAAUAUCAACUUCACAUACAAACAAGAAAUUGUAAUUAAAUAAAAUUGUUACGUAGCUGGGUACAUAUGCA